GGGGAAAAUGCAGAAUGACCGGAAGCAUAUGACCGCUUAGUAACACGGCGAGUCGUCCUCUAGACUUCCCAGGUUGCCUCCUCCACGAAAUUUCGUACCAGGAUCCAUGGCAAACUUCUACGUCGGGUCUCUGGGAGUGCGGUACAGCAAGCCUUGAUGGUCAACAAGCCUCAUGCGCCGCGGCAGGCGAAGGGCGCAGGCAAGAAGCCUGUCGCUGCCAACCUCAAUGGCGAGGACACAAGCUUCAUAGUGUUCGGAAACGACGACAAGCCUGGGAAGAAGUCGCAAGCUUCAGCCAGUGGUGGUAAUGCAGCUCCCGCGAAGGCGAAGGCUCCCGCCGCAGCGACCGGCAAUGCCACUGUCCCUGAGGCUGAAAAGAAACCGGACACUCGAACCUUGAUCGCCGGAUCGUCAUGGACGGGGAAGCUGCCCAUGACGCUGUUCAACGAGCAUUGUCAGAAACAAAAGUUUGAAAAGCCGGAAUACACAGUGCAUCGCAAUGGCAAAGGAUUCACAGGAGCGGUCAUUUUACGGCAGAAGAAUCCAAAGACUCGCGAGAUUACGGAACUGCCAGCCAUUCAUCCGCCGAAUGACUACAACAAAGAGCGUGGGACUCAGGACUCGGCGGUCGAGGCUCGUCAUUUCGCUGCCGCCUAUGCUCUCUACCGCGUCGGUAACAUGAAGAAUAUACACAUGAUGCUUCCGCCUCAAUACCGCGACCUCUGGAAAGGCGACUUUGCAGAUCUGAAGAGCGAGGCGAUCGCUCAAGGGAAUGCAUAUCUUUACGAGGCUGAUCCCUUCUUGGCUAAGAAACAACACGAGGACAGCAAAGUCGCCAAAGAAAAAGCCAGGCUAGACAAGGCCAAGCAGCAGGUCGAGGACAAGAAACUUGAGGUUGUGAGCUUGGAUGGUCAGGUUCAGAGUCGCCACGUGCUCAAGGGUUGGAUGCGUGUGCCGAAAGUUGAGAUGGGCGCAAAGACACGGCGGGAGGUUGAAAGACUCAUCCGCAAGGACGGAGCAUGGAACCCGCACGACGUGCUACUCACUACUGCUAUGCGAUCUGAGAUCGUCGAUGACCUUUCAAGACUCGGAUUUCGCCGGAGUCAUGUUGAAGAAGCGUCAGAGCUCUGUAAGGACCGCGAGGAAUGUCUGGAGUGGCUGUUAAUUCAUGUUCCCGAGGACGACCUACCCAGCUGGACUCUACCAGAGAAUUACUUGGCUGGCGUGAGUCUAGCAAGCGGCGACAUGAAGCGAGAUGCCAAAGUGAAACGUCUCUCGGCAUCAGGAUACUCGUCAGAACUGUGCGGAGAUGUGCUAGACGCAUGCAACGGCGAUGAGGCACAGGCCGCAGAAUCGCUGCAGAGCACACUCCUCGGCGAAGCGAAGCCAGAUUGGACGCAAGUGCCUCAAUUUGAAGUCUGGGACGAAGAGCUCGCCACUUUGACCGCAAUCUUUGGCGAUAGAAUAUCCAUCAAAGAUAGAUUAUGCUCCAUAGACUUGGAAUUACAAACUCCUGCAAAGAGGCCCAUCACUCUGCGUGCUCGGCCACCAUCAAUGGAAUAUCCUGCGAAGCCUCCGAUUCUCUCUGUCGAAGCUGAAUUACCUGCAUAUGUCAGGCUGAGCGUUUUGAAGAAAGUCUUGAGCGUCGCGAAGCAAGAAUACCUGGGCGAGCAAAUGUUGUUCAAUAUCAUCGAUUGGCUGGAAAGUAACAUACCCCUGGUCUUGGAAAGUCCGGGCAAAUUGGGUGAAGUGGCGUCUGCGAUUGCCUCUACAAAAGAGCCAGCUGCUCCAGCUGUACGACGGCGAACAAACCGCCGACAACCUGUGCCCAUCUCUUGGAAUCAAAACUCCCCUGAAAGCCGGCAAAUACUGGAUGCAUGGACUGCGAAACAGACGACGUCAGAGCAACAACGUAUGUUGCAAGCUCGACAGGGUCUUCCUGCCUGGAAACUUGCAGAAGCCAUUGUCUCCGCGGUUAACGCAAACCAGGUGACGAUCAUUUCGGGUGAGACAGGUUCUGGAAAAUCUACACAGUCAGUGCAAUUCGUGCUCGACGAUAUGAUUGCCCGUGGCUUUGGCAGUCAAGCAAACAUUAUUUGCACACAGCCCCGUAGGAUUUCUGCCCUUGGCUUAGCGGAUCGAGUCGCUGAUGAGCGUUGUGGAAAGGUGGGUGAUGAGGUCGGAUUCGCUAUUCGUGGCGAAUCGAAACAGAAACAAGGGGUUACCAAAAUCACAUUUGUCACUACAGGUGUUCUACUACGGCGACUUCAGACAUCUGGUGGACGUACCGAGGACGUGAUCCGGAGCCUAGCAGAUGUCAGUCACGUUGUGAUCGAUGAGGUCCACGAACGCAGUCUCGAUACCGACUUCCUGCUCGUUCUGCUGCGAGACGUGCUCAAAAGGCGAAAGGAUCUCAAGUUGAUACUGAUGAGUGCGACAUUGGAUGCUAACACGUUCGAAAAUUAUUUCAAGGCUUCUUCAAGUGUCGGAAAGAUUGAGAUCCAAGGUCGGACAUAUCCAGUGCAGGAUAUUUAUCUGGACGAGAUCUGUCGCAUGACCGGGUUUGGCGAGCCCGAAGAGGACGAAGACGAUGACAGGCGUGGCCACGCGCAGAACUUGCCUACCGGUGCCAAACCAGCAACUAUUGGCACUUUGCUGAAAACGGUCGGCACUAGGAUUAAUUACGACCUGAUAGCUCGGACCGUGGACUACAUUGAUCAAAAGCUUGGUGUCAUUGAAGGCGGCAUCCUCAUCUUUCUCCCGGGUGUUGGAGAAAUCGAUCAAACACUACGUGCAUUGCGCAACCUCCCUGGUCUACAUGCUCUUCCCCUUCAUGCCUCACUCCAGAGUUCGGAGCAGAAACGUGUGUUCCCGCGAGCCCCAAAAGGACUGCGUAAAGUGAUCGCUGCGACGAAUGUAGCCGAGACCUCCAUUACAAUCGAAGACAUUGUGGCAGUCAUCGAUACAGGGAGAGUCAAGGAAACUAGCUUUGAUCCAAUCAACAACAUGGUGAAGCUCGCCGAAGUAUGGGCUUCUCGGGCAGCCUGCAAACAACGAAGAGGUCGAGCGGGUCGUGUCAGAGCAGGUGACUGUUACAAGCUUUUCACUCGCUCCGCCGAAGCAAAGAUGGCGGAGCGGCCAGAUCCUGAGAUCAGACGAGUUCCAUUGGAACAACUGUGCCUUUCGGUCAAGGCGAUGGGCGUCAGUGAUGUUCCAGCAUUCCUUGCAUCGGCUUUGACCCCACCGGAGAGCCUCGCAGUGGAAGGUGCACUCAAUUUGUUGGGACGUAUGGGCGCAUUGGACAACCGGGAAUUAACGGCACUGGGUAGACAUCUAUCCCUGAUCCCCGCAGACUUGAGAUGCGGCAAGUUGCUUGUUUAUGGAGCAACAUUCUCCUGCUUAGAAGCCUGCUUGAUCAUUGCUGCUAUUCUGACCGUGAAAAGCCCCUUCGUCAGCCCUCAGACCAAACGCGAAGAAUCCAAAUCAGCUCGAGCAGCGUUCGGCCAGGGCCAUGGUGAUUUGAUCUCCGACCUCCGUGCAUAUGAUGAAUGGUCUUCAAGACGAGCUGCCCACGAACCAACAUCGUCCCUGCGGAGAUGGUGCGACGAGAACUUUCUCAACCACCAGACACUCAUGGACAUCAGCACCAAUCGCAACCAAUACCUCAGCUCGCUCCAAGAAAUCGGCUUCCUUGACUCUUCCUCCCACCGAUACGACCCCUCUUCGGACUCACCUUUGAACCGUAACAACGCCAGCAACACGCUUCUACGCGCUUUAAUCGCAGGCGCCUUUCAACCUCAAGUCGCCCGCAUCGACUUCCCGGACAAGAAAUACGCCGCAUCAUCCUCGGGCACUGUCGCCCUGGACCCAGAAGCGCGCAUGAUCAAAUUCUUCAACGAGGAGAACGGCCGGGUCUUCGUCCACCCGAGCUCCACCCUCUUCGACGCGCAGAAUUUCCCCGGCAAUAGCGUCUAUAUGAGCUAUUUCACCAAAAUGGCCACCAGCAAAGUCUUUGUCCGCGAUCUCACCCCGUUUAAUGUUUACAGUCUUCUGAUGUUCUCGGGUCCGAUCACCAUUGAUCCGCAGGGCAGGGGUCUCCUGGUGGAUGGAUGGGCCAGAUUGAGGGGUUGGGCUAGGAUUGGAGUGUUGGUGUCGAGGAUGAGGAUGAUGUUGGAUGAGCUUUUGGCGAGAAAGUUAGAGGACCCCGGGUUGGCGAUUGGGGAGAGCGAUGUUGUAAAGGCGGUCAGAAGGAUGAUUGAGUUGGAUGGAUUGGACAGGUGAAGUAUAGGUCUUCAAUACCAUCUCAUAUGGCUCCAUUUGCUUGACACCCCUCAAUCACUUGAUCACCGGGAAACAGCUGCCAUCGCUUCGUACAUUCAUUCUUUGUCUAUGGUUAUCAUGAGAAAAGAACGCCGAUCUCCUUCGCUAGUGCCUGCUGCGCUUUGCAAAUUCCCAGUGUAGCUUUGGCAUCCAGUGCCUGACACAAAUCAUGCAAUUCGCCAUCCUGCGACGAGAAAAAUGCCAGGAAUCCCAACGCCAGCAGCAUCGUCUUCAGCGCAUCCUCGUUUUCUUCCGUCGGGAGAACCUCCAGCAACGACGCCGCUAACGCAACCUGCUCCGCCUCCUCGAGUCCCUCCCGCGCCUGUUCCCUC